GCAUACUCUCAGCAUACAGUUUUGAAAAAGAUCUUGAAGUGGCUUCACCCUCAACCACUUGGUCUGCCACUACCAGUAUUUCAGUGUACAACUUUUGCACUGUGCACUAUGGCGAUGCAGGCAUGGUGCCUUCUGAAACUGGCACUGUAAUGGCCGAUCCCCUCCCUGAUUUUUUGACUUCCGUACUCCUUAACGCUGAUCGUCCAGAUCCAUUUGAGAAACUCCAUGCCCUUCUCUUAAUUUUCUACCACUUCCACCUCCACCCCUUUCCCGCUGGGACACAGCCACCUUGGCAUUCCGCCCUGGCAUCGGUUAGCGUUUCCUGUCCAGAAGGGACUUAUCCUUCCAUCUUCACCCGCAGGAACGUGCAUCCUUUCCUUGCCAGGCGAUUUCAGGGCUGGAAGAUGGGCGAACGAGCUCCUCGGCCGUAUUUGGAGUUGACAUCGGGCCUUGCCGCCUAGGGAAGCUCGUGGUGACAGGCAAAACCCACCGAGGGAGAAGGGAUUUCGAACUGCGGUCUCGGGAGCGACAGCGCGGCGGCGGCAGGGACACAUUUCCCGCCGUAAGCGCCGGUUUCUCCCCAUGGGCCGGCGAAAACCCCGCCGAUCCCCUAAAUGGAAGAUCGGUCGCUCGGAGUACCUCUCCCCAGAAGGAAGCAGCUGUCCACGGCCUUUGCGCGCCGGAGCCUUCAGUAGCCAACCUUGGGAUCUUCCCAAAGACCGCGGCCUGGGGAGCGGCCGGCCAAGCGGAGCGCUCUGGACUCGUCUGGCCAACGCCUGGCCUUUGAAGAAGCUCCCUCCGACGAUCGCUUUGCGGCCUGGACCGACAGUCGCCUUCGGAGCAAGGCGGGCGUCGCCUUUCCAGAACUUUGAGCCAGCCGGGAUAACCCUGGCUGCGCCCUCCCGCUCGCCUCCGCGCAACACCUGCUGCCGUGGUUGGCGAGUCUGCAUUUCCUGCCGGCGCCCUCCUCCUCCGCCUCGGCACUGCCCGGCUCUCCCACCCCGCCCCACGGGCGUCCUCUAGUGCAUCACGCGGGCCGGAGCGCUCCGAGCUCUGGUCCCGCGCCAACUGCAGCUGCUGGUGGGUUUCCCCAGCCUGGAUUCCACUUGUCAGGCAGGUCGGGUGGGAGGAACUCAAAUCCGUUUGGAAAAGCAAUUAAAGUGCCUCCGAAGCCAAGGGAGGGAAGGGGAAUCGACGAUGCAGGGAAGGGGGUUGCGCUGCAACCUGGGUCUGGCCAGUGCCGCGGUCCCGGCUGCGCGGCAUUCGUUCGCCUCGGAAAGCGCUCGCCGCCUUCUCCUCGCCCGCCCGCUCGCCCGUGCCCUAAUCCCCGGCAGCUGCGCUCCCUCCCGCCGAUCAAUAAGCCUUUCACUUUUUGCCUCUUGUUUGUUCCGUGGGGAGCGGGAUCAAUAGGAGGAGGGGGCGUCUCCUCCAAGCUUCCGCUGCUUCUCCUCCUUCCGCCGCUCCUUCUCCAAUUAAGACAGUUCUCCAGCCUGCGGGUGGGGUGCGAGGGGGGUGUCGUGUGUCCAUUGGACCCGGUACCAACCGACGACACGCGAAUAGCUCCUUCCUGAUCCUCUCCGUCCCUCUCAACUUUUCCUCUCUUCUUCCUCGGCGUUGGCAAGGAGGCGUUGGAAGAAGGUCCGCGGAGAUGGAAGGUAGGAGGAAUUAACCGGGCAGCUGCUUUGGGCACCUGAAGGGACUCCCCGGAGGAAGCGGGUGUCAGGCACGGAAUGAGAGCCAGGGAGUCUGUCUGAGGAGCUCCCGCAGCCGACGGCAGCAGCAGCAACAGCGGCGGAGACAGCCUGGAUCUCUGGUUCCUUUGCUCCUUUCCUUGGCAUAGACUUUGCCAGCUUGCGAGUGAUUCAAACAAGUGGCUCUAGCAUCACUUUGGAGUGGUGGCUCUGACAUUCCAAGCUCUGGAUUUCUUCCUCUAGCCCCCCCCCCUUUUUUUUAAAGAAAUAUGAGGAUGAAAUAAUGUUGACAUGCCUUGAAUUAUUAAGUAUCCCCUGGAUUUUAUUAGCACAUGAUGCCUAAAUGCUGCCUGUAUCUGGUGGGGUCUUAACCGGGAGUGCAGAGGAGCAGCACGCACAGCGGCACAGGGAGCGGCCGGCAGCUCUGACAGCUGGGCUUGUGCAGAUAAGCAAAGGAAGCACCAGAAGAUUACUAGUGAGACAAGAGGAAAGCUGCGUUCAGAAGCUUCUGAGAGCCUGGGGCCCCGAUUCCCCAGUCCUCCUCCUCCUCCUCCCUGUUUGGGUUUACUAAUUUAGGGGCGUCCUGCAGCAGCCAGGGGUAAGCGGCCGGUGCGGGGCACCUCAGGCUUCCACUGCCUCCCCUCACUGGGGAGGUAGUGUGCUGCCUGGUGCCUCGGCACAGAUGCCGAUUGAGAUUGUCUGCAAAAUCAAAUUUGCAGAGGAGGAUGAGAAGCAGGCGGCGAAAGAGGAAGGGGACAAGGAGAGCUUGCUAGAGGAGCCUAGCCGGCCACACCAUCGUGAUCUGGCCGCCUUUGCUGGCACCAGCACCCUGCACGGCCUGGCUCAUAUUUGCCGCUCAGGGCAACUGGGGGUCCGGCAGGCCCUCUGGGCACUUGCAUUUGUGGCCUCUUUGGCCUUUUUCUUAUAUCAGGCAGCUCGGUCUGCACUCUUCUACCUGGAGCAUCCACAUGUCAUUACCAUGGGUGAGGAAGCUACCCAAAAGAUGGUCUUCCCAGCCGUCACCAUUUGCAACAUCAACCGUUUCCGUCAUUCGGCACUUACAGACGCCGAUAUCUUUCACCUAGCCAACAUGACUGGAUUGCCACCCAAGGACCGUGAUGGACAUAAGGCCUCUGACCUGCUCUACCCUGACCCAGACAUGGCUGACAUUGUCAACCGCACUGGGCAUCAACUUGAUGACAUGCUGAAGAACUGCAGCUUUAGUGGUGAGAAUUGCUCUGCAGAAAACUUCACAGUGGUCUACACCCGCUAUGGAAAAUGCUACACAUUCAAUGGUGACAGAAACAAAGCACGGAUGACUCGCCAGAGUGGGAUGGGGAAUGGGCUGGAGAUCAUGUUGGACAUCCAACAGGAGGAAUACCUGCCCAUCUGGAGAGAAACCAAUGAGACAUCAUUUGAAGCUGGAAUCCGGGUACAGAUCCACAGUCAGGAUGAGCCACCCUACAUUCAUCAGUUGGGAUUUGGAGUCUCCCCUGGUUUCCAGACCUUUGUUUCCUGCCAGGAGCAGCGGCUGACCUACCUGCCGCAGCCUUGGGGGAGCUGCCAGGCCAGCCUGAAGGAGGAACAGAUCCUGCCUGGCUACGAGAGCUACAGCAUUGCUGCUUGCCGGCUGCAAUGUGAGAAAGAGGCAGUGGUUCAAAACUGCCAGUGUCGCAUGGUGCAUAUGCCAGGAAAUGAGACCAUCUGUUCACCCAAUGUCUACAUUGAAUGUGCUGACCAUAUAUUAGAUACAGCCGUUGAAGAUUUCCAGGAACGCUGUAUCUGUCCCACGCCAUGUAAUUUGACUCGCUACGGCAAGGAGAUUUCCAUGGUACGCAUUCCCAACAAGGGCUCAGCCCGGUACCUUGCUCGCAAAUACAACCGCAAUGAGACCUAUAUCCGGGAGAACUUCUUGGUGCUGGAUAUCUUCUUUGAGGCACUGAAUUAUGAGGCGAUUGAACAGAAGAAGGCAUACAACCUGGCAGGGCUUCUGGGGGACAUUGGAGGCCAGAUGGGCCUCUUCAUUGGGGCCAGUGUCUUAACCAUCUUGGAAAUCUUGGACUACAUCUGUGAGGUGAUCCGUGACAAGGUGGCCCAUGGCCUACGGCGCCCCAAACCUGCCCUGAAGAAGCCUUCGGGAAGUAUUGCGACUCUGGGACUGGAGGAAAUCAAGGAGCAGAGCUCCUGUGAGACCUUGGGCCGUCACUCUGAGGGCGCCUACCCCACAGGCCUCCUGCCUAACCACCACCAUCGCCACCACUAUUCGCCCCAGGGGGUCUUUGAAGACUUUGCUUGCUAGUCCAACUCCUACAUAGGGGAGAAGGGCUGCAAGAGUGGCUUUGGGCCCAGCACAUUCCCCCUGUGAUCAUGGCCCUUCCUAGUCGACACCAGACCAACCUAUGUCCUCCCACUCCCGAAGGCUUUUCAAAAGCAUCUUACACUUUUCACCCUUCCCCACCACGCCCAUCCCCACCUAACCCUGGCCCUUCUCUAAGAAUCGGUGCCCUCCUCCGUACGAAGCACAGAGGUAGGCUGAACUGCCAAAGCCAGGGAGGCCUCCGUGCAGCUCCAGCGAUUUUGGAAUAAGCCCGGGGCAGUCGGGGCUCACCCUCAAAGUAGGAGGAAGGACACGGGGGAAAUGGAGCAUGCUGGGGGAGGGGGGGGUAGAGGUGUCUUCUCAAGAAAGAGAAGCCAAAUUCUCCGAGGCCCCAGUCGGAAGGGACAAGACUGACCAGUCAAUUGCUUUUACAGCCUCUGUAGCCGAACCUCCUCUGGCUGCAGGCUCCACUUGGGGGAAAACGUUUUCUUUGUAGCAUUUCUCACUUGACCCUCCCUUUCUCUCCAGCAUUCCUAGUCCUGUUUUUGCACCCAUCCACCCCACCCCACCCUUUGCCCACAUCCAGACAUGCAUUACCCUAGUCCGAACGUUACAUGCACACAGAGGUGUCUCAGGGCAGAAAUCAGGUUCUCUCUCUCUCUCUCAGUAUCUGCUCUUUGGCAGUGCCACGUCCCGGUUGCUCACAUAUUGCUGCCCACACCGGGACUGUGUGUCCCACAACAGGGUUCAAGAUCACAAAUCCUGCUCUUUCGAGGGAGAUCCAGGCUAUUUGCCUUUACUGUACAGACUCUGGCCUGUUACCUCAACCCCCCACCCCCCUGCACCUUUCUUCCUCUUUCACAACUGUAAAUGUGUAGAUAAGUGUUUGGGGCCUAUGGUUUUUAGCCAGCCAGCCAGCCAGUCCUCAGCUGCCCCCUGCUGGUGUCUCCAAGAACUGCUGGUGCUGUUAGGCACUUUAAGACAUCAAAGCUCAGGUUCCCUCUAGGCCCAGCAGGAGGUGGCUGAACCCCUGAGUCUCCUCAGGGACUCCCUUCCCAGAUGUACAGACUUCUCACCACCUCAACUGUCCUUCCUUCCUUCCUUCCAUCUGUCCCCUUUCUCCAAAAGCAUCCAGGGUUCAAGUAGCAACAUCCCUGGAAGAAGGAUCUCUGAAGGCCCCUUGUAACACAGGGAGGAGGGAGGAGCUCCACAUCCCCUGUGAUGCCAGUCUAUGGGUUGGAAGCCCACAGGUUAUUGAUAUACGGGAUGGCUUCUCCUUUCAAAGUGUUGGAGAGGGGUGUGUGGCAAUCCUUGCUUAAAGGUUCCAGUAGAUCAAACCACCCAAUCACUUCUGGGGCAAAAGAUGCCAGCCGUGGCCCUCAGAUCCCAAGCAGCAAACCAGGAAGAUCCUUACACCAUUGUAAAACACGUGCCCCAUGCCUAGUCAAGUUGUCCCCCCACCCCGUACUAACAAGGCGUUUUCAGAAGGAAGGCAGCGCUUGCACAAGAAUAUGCUGGAAAUCCUCCUCUGGCUCCAAUCUCUAGUGAGAACCCAAGUGUCAAGGUAUUUGAGAGGGAGCAGCCUAGGAAGCAUAACAUCCAAGCCAUCCACCUGAAGAAGGGAACAGCCUUUGAGCGGCAGUGGGAUGGGAUGCGGACUGCCGACCAGCCUUGGAUCUUCCUGGGAAAGAUCCCUCCUCCCAUACUUUAACUGAGCGCAAGUCGCUGUUUUACACAUGUAUAAAUUUCUCCCAAUAAAGAGGAACAGGUAGAACUCCA